UGAAAAUAGCUGUCCUACGCCUUGCCAUGGCGGUUCUUGCAAGCUCGGCUACUCUCUCCCUUUCUCCUCACUUCUUUUCCUCAAACAGGAACCCUCAUUUCCUUUUAAGCUCUGCUAAUGCUCAGGUUCUGCGAUGGAAGUCGAAAGCCCUACCUGUACGAGUACUAGAAGCUCGAUUAUGGCGUCCAUUGAAUAAAAGGUGUGGAAAUUACAGUAACUAUGAAGCAUUACCUUCUAGACCGGAGCUGUUGCUGUUUAAUCCGAUACGUAUGCUCAGGAAAGGCUUCUUAUGUCGGAGAAGGAUCGAGCAUGUAGUCAAUUGUACGGGAAGUAUUAGAAAGCGUGCUUCGGUUCUUUUCCUCCGGUUACUUGUGGCCAUGCUGCUUGUUACCUCUGUUCCUAUGGCUGCCAGGAAUACUCCAGCGUGGGCGCUUAGUGAAGAGAAUCUUCUGUUUCUGGAGGCGUGGAGAACGAUUGAUCGUGCUUAUGUUGACAAAACUUUUAACGGACAGAGUUGGUUUAGGUACAGAGAAAAUGCUCUGCGCAAUGAACCAAUGAACACGCGAGAAGAGACAUAUGCAGCUAUAAGGAAGAUGCUUGCAUCAUUGAAUGAUCCUUUCACCAGGUUUCUAGAGCCGGAAAAGUUUAAGAGUUUGCGGUCUGGAACACAAGGUGCUCUUACAGGUGUGGGGCUGUCAAUUGGCUAUCCUACAGGCACUGAUGGAUCACCUGCUGGACUUGUUGUUAUUUCAGCAGCUCCUGGAGGUCCAGCGAGUAGGGCUGGCAUUUUAUCAGGGGACGUGAUUUUGGCAAUAGGUGAUACACGUACAGAGAGCAUGGGAAUAUAUGAUGCUGCAGAGAGGUUGCAGGGACCUGAAGGAAGUCCAGUGGAAUUAACCAUUCGCAGUGGACCUGAAAUAAAGCAUCUAUCUUUGAUUAGAGAGAGGGUGUCUCUAAAUCCAGUGAAGUCGAAACUUUGUCAAAUACCUGGCUCAGGGAAGGAUUCUCCCAAGAUUGGGUAUAUUAAACUAACAUCAUUCAACCAAAAUGCUUCAGGUGCUGUCAAAGAAGCUAUUGGUAAUUUGAGGAGUAACAGUGUUGAUGCCUUUGUGUUAGACCUUCGAGACAAUAGUGGUGGUCUAUUUCCAGAAGGAAUUGAGAUUGCCAAGAUUUGGUUAGACAAAGGUGUGAUUGUAUAUAUUUGUGAUAGCCGUGGUGUUCGAGACAUAUAUGAUGCAGAAGGAAGUGGUGCAAUUGCUGCUUCAGAACCCCUAGCUGUGCUGGUGAACAAGGGAACUGCAAGUGCAAGUGAAAUAUUAGCUGGUGCAUUGAAGGACAACAAACGUGCUGUGGUGUUUGGAGAACCCACAUUUGGGAAAGGCAAGAUUCAAUCAGUCUUUCAGCUAUCAGAUGGCUCUGGCAUGGCUGUUACAGUUGCCCGAUAUGAGACACCUGCACACAUUGAUAUUGACAAGGUUGGUGUUAUUCCAGAUCAUCCACUACCAAAGUCAUUCCCCAAGGAUGAGGGGAGUUUUUGUGCCUGUCUCCAAGACCCUGAAUCUGCUUGCUACAUCAACAGAACCCAACUAUUUGCGAGAUGACAGUUCCUUUUUAUUUUGUCAUUUGUUGUUAGGGGGGCAGCAAAAGUAUAGUUACAACAUUCUUCUGUAGUUCAUUGACAUUUAUCAGUGUAAAUUUCCAAAAACAUUUUUGAAGGAUUUGAAAAGGGAAGGGCAGAAAGUACCCACGAAUAUAAUUGCUCAUGGCUUAUCCUACGUUGCCAGUCGAACAAAUUCGAGUAUACUAUGCUAUGGGUAUCAGUCAAUCUGUGUAUUGCGGCUUUAUCGUAGGAAAAAUACAAUCGCCAUUUUUAGAAA